GUCAUCUUCGUCUCCACACAGAGACACAGCCUCACCCUCCUUCUCCGGCUCACCUCCCCUUUGCCACCAUGGCCUUCUCCAUGGCUACCGCCGCCUCCUCCGCCGCCGCAGCCUCCCUCCGCCGCCUCCCCGCGCCGGCCUCCUCCUCCUGCUCCUCCCGCGGAGGAGUCCGCUUCCCUCCCGCGCUCCUCCUCCGGCCCCGCAGCUGGCGCGUUGUCUCAUCCGUCUCCGCCGCCCUAAGCAAGCUCUCGGAGGCGGCCCCCGUGCCCAUCCCGCAGGAGCCCGCCGAGGCCUUGCCCGGCGAGGACGCGCUGCCCGCCAGGCCAGGGGUCUACGGCGUCUUCGACCCCGCCGGGGACCUGCAGUUCCUCGGGAUCUCCCGCAACGUCCGCGCCAGCGUCGAGGGCCACCGCCGGAAGGUUCCCGCCGACCUCUGCGCCUCCGUCAAGGUUGCGGUGCCAGAGGAGGAGGCACCGGAUAAAAGCGUCCUGACGAACGCCUGGAAAUCAUGGAUGGAAGAGUACAUAGCGGCCACCGGCAAGGCGCCGCCGGGGAACGUCGCGGGCAACCACACCUGGGUCGGUGCUCCUCCGCAGAGGCCCGCCGACUUGCGGCUGACGCCCGGUCGCCACGUCCAGCUAACCGUGCCGCUCGAGCAGCUGAUCGACCGGCUAGUGAAGGAGAACAAGGUGGUGGCCUUCAUCAAAGGGUCGAGGAGCGCUCCGCAGUGCGGGUUCUCGCAGAGGGUGGUGGGCAUCCUGGAGGCGCACGGAGUGGAUUUCGCGUCCGUAGAUAUUCUCGACGAGGAGCACAACCAUGGCUUGAGGGAGACCCUCAAGACCUACAGCAACUGGCCGACCUUCCCACAGGUUUUUGUUGGAGGGGAGCUCGUGGGCGGGUGCGAUAUUAUUUCAUCCAUGGCUGAAAAUGGGGAGCUUGCUGCCUUAUUUCAGAAGUAGCAUUGCUCACCUUGGAGUUCAAGUUGUGUGUGUUGUUCACGUGGUGCAAAAUACAAGCUUAUCUCCUGUUAUUAUCACUUGUCUAUUCUGCAGUAAUACUUAGCUUCUCCUAAGAUAAGGCAGUGCUAUACUGCGAAACUUACUGGUUAUUGUUGAGAGACGCCUUAGCAAAGCUAGAUGGUCCUGUGUAUUUUUGUGGUCAUUUCGGAUCUUGCACAUGAAUAAAACGUGAGAUGUAUGAGCUGCAUAAAGUGUGAAAUUAGUGUGAAGAUAAUUA